AUCAGACGACCCCCUGAUGCUGAACGGAGACGUGGAGGUGCCCGUCCUUCGCACCUCGUUAACCCGAUCUUUCUCCGCCCCGUACCCGCCUCUGGAGGGCAUCGCUGAGGAGGCCUGGCAGUGGGACGCCUGGCAGGAGUACCAGGUCUCAGAGGAGGAAUACCAGCGGGCCGUGAGGGUGGAGGGUUACAUCUUGAGUCUCGUUCACCGCUACACCCUCAAAUCACGGCACUGUUGGCCUCGCACCACCCUGACCCCCGACCCCCAGUACUACACAUCCCUACGCAAGAGAAAUCCUUCCUUUUCCUCGAAGCAGCGCUUUCCUGACCCGCAUCCGCUGCCAAAUAUUGACCUUUCUCAGAGCCAGGGCUGGGGUUGCGACCUGCUGCAGGGGGAAGAGGCUCCAUCUCUCGAGGAGGACUGCUAUCUGGCUCUGCCCUACCCCCAGUCCAGACCACUCUCCCUGGCCGAGAGACUACCAUCACCUCUGCCCUCUUUGGACCCCAACUGUGGUGUUGGGCCUCGUGACCCUUAUUGUGAGCCCCCAUCCCCCCAGCAUCAUUACUCACAUCCUCACAAACACAGUUCAGUUGGUGCUCAGUUCAUCCCCGGACAGGCGGGCCAAGCGUCCCCGAGACACUUCAACUCGGAGCAGCACUCCAAGGAAAGAACUUCCAAGAAGAGCCACAACGAGCGGCCGAAACCCAAGAAAUCCAGCAGUAAAACCAGCAGAUCCCAGUCUGAGAACAGCCUGCUGGGUCAGAGGGUUCUGCCCGAGCGCCGGUACAGCACCACCGAGAGGCACCAAGGAAAAACGGACCAGAAUACCCGAGUUCCUGGACCUCAGGGGGGCGUCGGCAACGAGAGCCGGCGCUGGUGCUCCAACCUGGAGCUCAGCCAGGAUGAAGGGGAGGAAGCGGCAGCGGGAAUAAGACGGGCACUUCGAAAAGCUCGCCAUUGUUCCCAUUCCCAGCAGCAGGACUUCCAGCAGAGGGCGCCGCUCUGCCGGGGCGAGGAGGGCUACAACGGCCCCGCAGAAUCCGAGUCCAGCAUGAGCGAAGUUUACUCCCCGGCUUCCAGCUCCCUGUCCAGUGACUCAGAUGAUUUCGGGGGUCUCGUUUGGCCCCAACAGCUGCCGCCUCGUCUGGCCUCUUCAUCUUCCUCUUCAUCCCCUUCACCCAAGACCACAGCCAACGUCAACGUCCAACCAAAAGCCUUCGUCAAGAUCAAAGCCUCGCACGCCCUCAAGAAAAAGAUCCUCAGGUUCCGCUCGGGGUCGCUCAAAGUCAUGACCACCGUGUGA